AUGGCGACCGCGACGGUGAGCGCUCGCGUGGCGCGUUCGACGCGCGUUGGCCGCUUCCAUGGCCGUGAUGCCGUUCGCGUUGCUCACUCGAGAGCAUCCGCGAGCGACGACGACGCACACUCGUCCGCCCAUCGUUCAUUUCUUGGCGACUGGCUUCGAGACCCCCAGCGUAAUCAACACGUCGUCGCGUAUCUCGUCGCACACGGCGUCGGUGUCACCGCCGUAGAUCGCUCUCGAGAGCGAUACGCACAGACGUGGUGCUCGUCGGAUUCGGGUGUGGACGGCGAGUUCACCGUGCGUACGACAAGCGCGAGCGGCACCGAUAGAACGCUGACGUACGUCUUGAGCGAGGACGGUUUCGUGGAGUCGUACAAAACGAGUCAGAUUUUCGGGAAGGAACCAGGUCAGGUUCGGCGCUUCGCUGCAUUCGACGCGAAGACGGGUACACACGAGGUGAGGACCGAGAGCUCUCUCGGUCGCGAGACGACGACUCGAACCGUUUCAGAAGACGGAACAGAGAUGACGUGCGUACGCCGAUUCAUUUCGAACGACCCGAAUCACGACAUCGAUAUCACUGCCACGGAACGUUUCGUUCGUCCGAGCGCUUGA